AUGGAGUACGACAACAAGAUUCCCAAGUCCAUGACCAGCGACAAGACAUCGUUCGCUCACGAGACUGUCCUGAUUCGUUUCCCUCACAUCCUGACUGGCUGCAUCGACGAUAUCCACAAGGCCAUCUCCAAGAUCACCGAUGAGACUGAGAAGGCCGAGGGCAAGAAGAUUCUCGAGGAGCUCGUCAAGUUCAAGUACGAGGUUCAGCACGACCGCACACUCACUCCCAUCACCGACAAGCUCUACCCCCAGGAGGCUGAGGUCUUCAACAAGGAGCUUGAGCAGCGUGGGAACCCCCACUGGCUGGAUGUCUACUGGCUGUUCUCUGAGUGCUACCUGUACCGCCGCGUCGUCACCUUCUUCCACAACAGCCCCAGCAAGUUCUGGCAGGAGUACGAUGUCUUCGCCGUCCAGAAGAUAGACACCUUCCGCACUUCCCGCGUGGCCGUUCUGGAGCUCGCCGCCCGCUACCGCGAGCUGGUUGAGGAGAUCAAGGCCAACAAGGAUGCCACCCACGACCCCGAGGCCGAGAAGAUUCUCUUCAACGAGAUGUUCGAGGUCUGCCUGUGGGGAAAUGCUACUGACCUGACCCUCCUGGCCAACAUGUCGUACGAGGAGAUCAAGAACAUGCAGGGCUCUGAGGCCCGCAAGAGGGCUGAGAAGAACAUUGUCCUCAACGACCUCCCCCGCGUCUAUGACCUGCUUGCCAAGGCCCGCGCCGAGGGUAAGGCCGAGCGCCGCGUCGACUUCGUCCUUGACAACGCCGGCUUUGAGCUCUACGUCGACCUUGUCCUCGCCGGCUUCCUCCUCUCCACCGGCCUGGCCACCCACAUUGUCUUCCGCCCCAAGUCCAUGCCGUGGUUCGUCUCCGACGUGACCCCCCGGGACUUUAAGGAUACCCUCGACGUCAUCUCGAACGCCAAGACCUUCUUCGAGACCCCCAGCGACGACGAUAAGCUUCAGGGCAAGACCCCUGCCCCUCUCUCCGCCGAAGAGGCUGCGAACAUGGAGUUCGUCUUCAAGAACUGGACCCAGCACCAUGUCGAAGGCGAAUUUGUCCUCCGCCCCCACCGCUACUGGACCACCGGCGGCAGUUUCUGGCGUCUGCCCCACCAGGCCCCCGACCUGUACGAGGACCUCAAGGAUGCUGAGCUCGUCAUCUUCAAGGGUGACCUCAACUACCGCAAGCUGACCGGUGACGCUCUCUGGGACCCCACCACCCCCUACCCCGACGCCAUCGGUCCCAUGGGCCGCAACUCCGGCAUCAAUGUCAUGUCCCUGCGCACCUGCAAGGCUGACGUCGUCACUGGCCUCAAGCCCGGUCAGGACGAGGAGCUCAAGAAGAUUGCUGGUGAUAUCGAGACCGGCGCCAGGAAGUGGGCCUGGCACGGAAAGUGGGCUGUCAUUGCCCUUUCCGAGGGCAAGAAGCAGGAGUAA